UCAUCACGCACGCUACGUCCUCUCGGUUUGUUUUCAUGGCGGAAGAAGCGUGACGCCGCUCUGCUAAACUUGCCAAAAGUGUUACCAUUCCGCGCGUAUAAACAAAAGAAACUGUAGAAAAUUGGACCCGACUGGAUUUUCAAAAUGUCUGAACCGAUCAUCAGGUCAAAGAAGACGCAGAGAGAAAUCAAUGGGAUUCCUACUGAAGUUGUCUGCACAGAGUUCAGCAAUUACAUAUUUGUAGUUCUAACUCAGUUUGGCAAAAUUGGCACGUUGGUUUCCGUCACACCUGACUCCAGAUCCAAUGACAUCAGCACCCCGCCGUUCUCCACUAAAGUACUGCUGGGCAAAGACGAGCCAAUGACGCAUGUCUGUGCCAAGAAUCUGGCCAUGUUCGUAUCACAGGAAGCUGGGAACAGGUCGGUCUUACUGGGUUUGGCCCUGAAGGACUCCUCCAUCGAGACAAUAAAGGAAAUGAAAGAAGUCAUCAAAAGCUGUCAAGUGUGGUAGACGGCAAACAUGAGGCUCAAAGUUUUUGGGGAUAUAGUCUAGUACAAAUUUAAAGAUAUAAGGCUGCUAUUUUGAUUUUUUUUUUUUUUUUUUUAAAAAGAAGUGUGUAUAUUUACAAAUGUUUUUGUGUUACUGCUGUAUGGAUGCAUUAUUGUGUUUGAUAUUGUUUCUUUUAUAGCCAAACUUGUUUCAUGCAGAGAAUUUCAAAAUAAAAUUCCUGA